AUGAAGACAAAACCAGUUGAAGCAAGCUUGAAGUCCGAAGCUGUGGAAGCUCCGGUUUUAACCACAGAAGAAGUAUUGACAAUAAUGAGGAAAAAAAUUACCGGAAGCUUUGAUCUGGUUGAGUACAACCUUCGUGUAAUAAACAAGACCAAUGGGUUUAUGGGAUUAUACCACGCGCUCACCACAGUAGUGAAAGUCAACGGUGCGACAAGAGUGGACCAUUUUUUCUUGAAAGCGAAACCGUUGAAACACAGUCCCCAGUACGAAUUCCUGGUCGAGUCGAACCAUUUCCAGAAGGAAUUGACGAUGUACGGGAAGAUUAUUCCACGCAUGAAAACCGGAAAGAAUCAGGCCAGCUGGUCGGCCGAGUGUUACUUAACGAGGGACGAUCUGAUAGUUAUGGACGACCUCUCGGCCCUUCGAUACGCGAUGCCUGACAAGUACGCGCUCUUCGAUUACAACCACUGCGCGGUCCUCCUUCAAACCUUGGCCCGAUUGCACUCGGGCUCCUUUGUGAUCGAGGAUAAGCUCAAGUCGGAGGGCAAGACCUUGUUCGAGGUCUACGGGCAUGUUUUGGACGAGCCACUCUUCAACGGCUCCGAUAUAUCGAGGAGAUACAGAGCCUCGUGCGUCCUGGGAACGAGAUCCUUGAUCGACCUUCUGCGCGACGAGCUGACCGAAGAGCAAAGGGCCGAAUUCAAGGAACGCGUCGAGCCGUGGUGCGACAACUUCCCGGCAAUCCUGAGCCCUUCGACGAAGUACAGGAACGUAAUUUGCCACCGCGACCUCUGGGCCAACAACAUGAUGCUCAAGUACGACGAGUCGGGAAAUCCGCAACACUGUUGCUUGAUAGACUUGCAAUUCGCUCGGUACGGUACACCGGCAAUCGACUGCGUGAUUUCUCUACACUUGAUCACCGACCGGGAAACGAGAGACAAACACGGAGAAUCGUUGUUGAGAGUAUACCAUCGAACCUUUGAGGAGGAGUUGAGGAACGCCGGACUUGAUGCCCGGGACUGUCUUGAGUGGUCGACGUUUUUGAAGAGUUGCGAAGAAACGAAGCCAACCGCUCUCGUCUACGCUAUUCUUAACCAACCUGUAACAAUGCUGGAUCCCGAUACAUGCAGUGAACAAUUCGCAGCGUCGCCGGAGUUGUUGAACGAGAGCUUGUAUAACGAUAGAUCGGCGCUGGUGUGCGGUCAGUUUCUUUCCGUACAACCAUACCGGGAACGAAUUACUGAAGCCUUGCUAGAGGCGUACGAAUUGUUGCCAAACUACGUGGCAAGUCAACUGUGA